AUGCAUACCGAAGAACUCCAUCGGGUCACUCCUGAGCCCGUUUUUACGUUGAAGAAUGAAGAAUUGAUCCUGUCCAAUGAAACUUCGCAACAACUGUCUCGGCGCUCUCAUCAUCAUCAUCAUCAUCAUAACCUGGAUGACGAUUUAAACAAGCAGACAAUAUCACGAUAUGUCAUCCCUGUACUACACCGGAUCCAAAAAUACAGUGCAUAUUCAUUUAUGGCGUUUGUGGGAGUCCAUGUGACGUCAGUAGUGGUAGUCCCCAUUAUCCCAGUUGAUAAAGAGCUCAAACAACAAGUAUUCUCACUAGCCAAAGCUGUGUAUCAAGAUAUCCCAUUUUUCGAAACAAUUGCAAUUCUUGGUGCUUCAGUGAUCCAUAUUGGUGCUGGGUUUGCAUUGCGAUUGGUACGGGGUUACAAGAAGCAUCAAUUGUAUAAGAAAUUGGAACUAAAGAGUCAAAAACAUAGAAUGCUGAACAAUAACGAUUCGUUCAAUAUUAGAGAUGAUGAUGACGAUAUUGGAUUUGGUGGGCUUUCCAGUAUAUUUGGAUUGGGGUAUAGGAAAUCCUUCAUUUCGAAAUUGUUGGGAAUUACACCGUUGCAAUUUUCUGGGUACUUGUUGAUUCCAUUUGUGGCGUAUCAUUAUUACAAAUUUCGAUAUGUGCCCAUGUCGAUAGAGGGUGAUUCAUCCUUGAUCAAUUUGGAUUAUGUGUCAUAUGUGUUGAACUUGAAACAUCCCAGAUUUCAAGCUUUUGCGCUCACGAGUUUGGUUUGGGUUAUGUCGUAUCAUGUAACCAAUGGAAUAAUGAAGUUGAAUUCAUGGUAUAGUAAGAAAAGCAAACGGAUAGGAUUGACAAUUGUGAAUUUGUUGGGUGGUUGUGGAAUGAUUGCCGUUUAUUUAUUCAAGAGGGAAGAGAUUGACAGUGGAGAUUUCCUUGGUAAAAUAUUCACCAAGUAUAUUAACUCGUACUUGUUGUGA